AUGUCGGCUUCGAGACACCACAAAGGCUCUUCCAGCAAGUCUCAGAGGGCUGCCACAUCAUCGGUCCCCAGCUCCAGCAGCAAAGUGGACUACAAUGCCGGUACGAUGUUUCUCUUCGUCGUCAAUGAGAUCCAACUUGAUCCCGCAUUUCCGCGCGAUGCCGACGAAUGGGGAAACGAGCGGCCCCCAAGGCAGAGGGCAGCCUACAGAGCAGAGACAAGAGGCGUCGUCUUUCGCUACAGCAACGGAGUCGUAUCUCCGGCCGCGGGCUACCACUGGCGACGACCGAAUGGGGUUGGCACAGAGGGUGCAAUCGGCUACGACACGCAGUCUCUUGACGCGUCUGGCAACAUCGUCAACACCUUCCGGCCAGUGGUGGGGUACAAGACUUGCACCGUCUUUGAUGCCGGACCCUUCCUCCCAUGGGUGUACGUCGACGUUGAUGCCAGCACUCACGACGUCGAGUAUAACGACCAACCAUAUGACAGGUUCUGGGCUGUGAACUUUGCGCACCAGAGAGGCGUGAGCCGUGUAACCUCUGGCGGGGAAAAGCUCGUCGCGGGUCAGCAAUGCAGCUGGCUAGGAUCUCUUGUUCCGGAGAGCUAUCGAAACUUGAGGACCAACCCUCCUCUAUCUGAAGGCCUCGGGGGCGAACUUGGCCCCUUGCUUGGUCUCAUGGCUCUAGCUGAACGACACCGUCACACCAACGAUGCUUUCAGUCGUCACUGGAGCGGACAACAGUGGAGUGGGCGCAGACAAGUCAGCGUUUCCACUGAAGGGCCCCCUAGAGGGGUUCUGGUCCACGUGGCCUUGGAACCAACUCAAGAUCCGGAGCAAGCUGCUAUUGGCAUCGACUACUUCGAACGCCAUGGAAUCGCUGUCCGUGGAUGA